CAAUUUAGCUGUAUAAAUUGACUCAAUCCCCAUGCUUCCCACAACUCUCUCUCUCUCUCUCUCUCUCUCUCUCAUUAAGCAUGGGGAGCCUGCGCGGCCACAUCGGACCGGGACUAGCCUUCUGCAUCAUCGGCCUAUGGCAUCUCUUCAACCACACCAAACUCCACGCCACAAACCCUAAUUCCUACAUCUCCCAUCCAUUUUUCCCCAUUUCCAAAUUCAAACACCUCGAGCUCCACUUCAUCAUCUUCGCCACCCUCACCUCCAUCUCCAUGGAACUCUUCAUCCUUCCCCACCGCCACCACCCCUUCGCCCCCGACGGCUCCAUCCCCUCCAACCACCUCCACAACCUCGAGCACUCCGCCAUCUCCCUCGCCUUCCUCACCUACGCCGCCUCCGCCGUCGCGCUCGACAGAAUCGCCCCGCCGGCCCGAUCCGCCCUCACGCACCUCCUCGCCGCCGCCGCGUUUCAACAGGAGCUCCUCCUCUUCCACCUCCAUUCCACCGACCACGCCGGCCUCGAGGGGCGCUACCACUGGCUCCUCCAGCUCCUCAUCCUCGCCUCCCUCGCCGUAACCGUGCUCAGCCUCGCCGAUUCUAGAAGCUUCCUGCUCGGAUUCGUGAGAUCUCUGUUGAUUUUCGCACAGGGGGUUUGGCUCGUUGUAAUCGGCGUCAUGCUCUACACGCCGCGGCUGAUGCCCAAGGGCUGCGCGGUCGGAUUGGACGACGGCCACUACGUGGUGCGCUGCGACGGCGGAGAGGCGGUGGAAAGGGCGAAGUCGCUCGCUGCCAUUCUGUUCAGUUACUACGUUGUUGCGGUGGCGGUUUUUGGCGUGUUGUUUUAUUUGUGCUUGGUGAAGUUGUACUCUAAGGCUCAUGUGGAGUACCACGGCUUAGCUACUGAUUUUGGGGAUCAUAAGGAGGAAGCUGAUGCUUUUCACUUAGAUGGAUAAGUAUGCUGGAAUUUGAACUCAUGAGCUCACGAGCUUUCUCGUAUGUGAUGCAUAAACAUGUUAAAAUGAUUGAAUUAAUUCAUAAAUUACUAUUCCCUACUUGACCAAAAAAGAUCUCGAAAAAGGGUCUCAUUUGGAAUUUGACACGAAUUUAAAAAAAGAAAAAAAAGAUGCAAGUAGAAUAAAAAUAAAUUUAUAGGAAUAGUGCCAAGGGGCAAAAUGAUAUAUACUC